AGGAUUUCAUAGUGAGUGAUGAUGAUGAAUGGCAAUUAGAACCGACAAAGAGAAGAAGGCGCAAGCGUCAGAGAGGAGGAAAUGAUUCUGGAAGUGACUGGGAAGUCGAUCACAAGAAACCAAAAAAAGUCUCCUCCCUCCAUAAAGUCUGGUCUGGCAGUGAGUCUGGUAGUGAAAGCCCAAAGAAAAAGGGUCCUAGCCGAGGUAGGCGGAAAAAAGUUAAAUCUAGCAGCGAAGUGGAUGAGACUCCUCUGUCUGAGGAGGAAGAUGAACCACAGCCAAGUUCCUCUGGUGAAGUAAAACUAAACAAAACAAGAAUUCCCUGCACUUUUGGCAAGAAAUGCUACAGACGGAAUGCAAGUCAUAAAGACCAGUUUAGUCAUCCUGGUGACUCUGAUUACACAUCAGAAAGUGAAAACAAGAAGAGUAUACAAGAUGCCAUUAGUGAAAGUGAUGGUGAGGAAAAAGCUCCUAAAAAGGAAUGUCCCUAUGGUGCAAACUGUUUCAGAAAAAAUCCCCAACACAAAAAAGACUUCAAGCAUACUAAAACUGUCCGCCCACAGAGAGAAGCUGCCAAACAAGCAGACCAGAAGUCAAAAAAUUGCAGAAACAGUGAUGACUAUGAUUUAAAUGACAGUUUUUUGAACGAUGACUCUGAUGAAUAUAAACCGGUGGACUCUGGAUCAGAUUAUGAGAGUGGAGAGAAAACAAAAAAACUAACAAAAGUCAAAGGAAGCAGCAGUAGCAGCAGAAAGGGUGGAAAGAAACUGUGAAAUAUCCAUUCUGUGUUCUCAUUCAUGCCGUACAAAUCAUAAAUAGCACUUCUUUCACAACAAAAACUGUUUUCAUCACCCAUUCCCCCUUUCCCCCUUUGAUGAUUGCAUGUCACUCAUCAAUACAGAGUUAUUACUUAGAUGAAACAUCUCUUUGUUUCUUCAGAAUAGAUUAAAAAAAACUAUUAGAUGAUUGUCUGGAUGAAAAAAAGUUAUAAUUUUUUUUUUCUUUUGCUGCAGCUGUGCAAAUUGUUUUUAUUAGUCUUUUAUUGUUUGUUAAAUGUGUUGUAUGACUUGCAUUAGAAUCUACGACUUUGAGUUUUGUUAUAUUUUAUUUUAAACAAAAAGAAUAUGUACAUAUUUAUGUGUUCAUGGUUUUAAAACUUUUUAUACAAAAGAAAAAUAUCUGUAUUUAAACUGCUUUUAUUUCUUUAUCAUUAAAAGUAGAAAAUGCUGUUCAUAUAUAUAAAGAAAUAUUUAAAAUUUUUAUGUUCCUUGUUGUUUAUCCAUUUUUAAAUUAAGAAUUUAUUAUUUUAUGCUAAAUUUGUUAGAUUUUAAUAAUUUCGUUAUUCAGUAGAGUCUCUCUGUUAUGCAAGCGUCUAUGAUCUUGUUAUCAUUUAGAAUAUCUUAAGCCUUUAUAAUGACAUUUAAAAAAUAAUUGUUUCUAGAUAUCUUUUACGCUGCAUUUUUUAAAUAAUAAUGUCUGGUUAAAUACAAAAAAAAGUUAACUUAUCACUUAAAUGCAUUUUGUACAUACGCUCUAUGAUUAUUGUUCAACUUUUUGUUUUCUGCAGUCGACUAAAACCUUUGUUGUUUGUGCAUCUUCCAAAAUUUUCUUUGUAGUUACCCAUUAUUUAAAUUUUUGUAACUUUUUCUGUGAUUGAUAAUACUUUAUCACCAAACAGUUUCACAGUCAAAGAAAUGGUGGGGUUCCCUAUUACUGUAUGCCAUAUAUGUUAAUUUCAUUGAUGAAAUACAAUUUUUUAUUUAGUUUUUGUACUUAAUUUGAAUAAUUUUGUCUCUACAAAAAGAUGAUUCAAAACAUUUGAUUCAAAACAUUUAUGUUGAAAAUUAUUUGAAUUUAAUCUACAUUUUAAUUACAACUUUGAUAAAAUAACUGUGUCAGGUCUAUGUGCAACUACAUCUUCAAACUUAUAUCAUGAAUUAAAAUAUAUACCUGAAUAACAUAUAUACAAUCAAUUCUAUUAUAUCUAUGCACUUAUUUUUUUGAAGUAUGACAGAGUACUCCAAUUGCAAGUUAAAUAUUGAUAUAGCAAGCAUUAAAAUAUAUUACGUUUCCUAUACUUAUAAGUAAUUUUUUUGCCCAUUUGUAUUCUUUUAAUUUAAAAUUACUUCUAAAUUUUUUGAAUUCUUAUUCUGUGAUUCGUUCCUCAAUCUUAGUAUAAAGGAAUAUCGCAUGAAGAAAGAGACAGUUAAUUGGUCAAUACUGUGGGCAUUAUUUAUGCAAAAGAUAACUAAUCUAACUUUCUGAGGGUGGUAUCUGUAAAUAUGUUAGAUAAUUAGUCAAUUGUUUACAGUAAAAAUGACUGCUCUGACUGUUCUAGUGUUGAGAAAACAAAAUUUUUUCUAACUCAAAACAGUUCAGCUCAUUUCUUUUGUUGUUGCCUAACUGAAUUAAUAAUGUCUACAAAAUUACAGAAAAAAUAAUUUUCCCAAUUGAUCAUAAAAUUGAUAUGUUAUAAAUAUUAUUUUAGGUAUUUACUUUUGUUUCUGUUAUUUAUAGUUUAUUUUUCAAAUGAAGCUAAUUAUUUGUUUGCAAUUUUAAAUGUGAACAAAUAAUUUGACAGUUAGAGAGACAAUGCUGUGUAAUUAUUUAAGUAAGUUGAAUAACUGAUUAUAUAGUUGAUGUUCAGCCUAAAGUGUCACCUGAAUACAAAAAUUAAAAGGAAAAAGACUUUACAUUCUUAUGAAAUAAAUUUUUUUCUUCAAAAUUUAAAACGCUAUAUUAAUUUUUAAAAAUAAAUCUUCAUGCUUAUUUCAAGGUUAAAAUCCAAUAUUUAAAACAAUAUAUUGCGAAAUAUGACCACCUAUGAAGAAUUUUUGUUUCCAAGUUCAAUUUUCUUGACUACUGAAUUGCUUUUCUUUUGUUCUUCCAAAAUUUUCAGGUCUUUAUUAAGUAACUCAAAUGGGCUCUUUUUUAAAGAAUAUUUUAAAAUGUCCUAAUUUUAUUCUUAUACCUUUAAUUUAAAGAAGAAAGUUAUGUUUGUUACCUUUCUUGUUACAGUAACAUAGAUUCAGUAUUUGUCAAAAAUGUGUAUAUUUCAGUAUGGUUCCAAAACAAACAACGAAAAAAAGUCAUCAUUUAUGGAUGGUCCCUCCCUAUUUUUUCCCCUGUCAUUUGUUAACAUAAAGUGGUUUUGUAAUUUUUGAGUUAUUUCAUUAGAAUGAAUCUGAAAUAUUUAAAAGUAGACCUUCCUAAGUCUUGUUAAGGAGAUAACAAAUGAUAGUUACAGGCCUUAAAUUCACAGAAUUCUGGAAAACUUGAAACUUUGUAAAUACUGAGAGAGAAAAAUAUUUGGAUUUGUUGAAACUUUUUCCUCAUAUUUUGUUACAAAAUUUUGAAUUAAAAUAUAGUUUGGUGGGAGAAGCUGGUUCUCUCUGCAAAUGGGAUUAGAAUUUAGUUCAUUAUUUUCAGGAAAAAAAAUUUUCAAAAAUUAUUAACAUGAAUAAAAAUUAUUUCUAGUUUUACUCUUUAUUUUUAAAGUAUUUUUUUUUUACUUAUUUAUUUUUUUUUAAUCAUUUUCACCUUGUUAGUAUUUGAAAUUAGCAAUAAAAUUUUUAAUUUCUUCAUCUUUAUGCAGUGUGAAGUACAUAAUAGUGUAAUGAAAUUUAAUAGACUGAAUUAUGCUGUCACAUUUCACUCAUUGAACUUUCAUGUAGAUCCAAUGUUCUUGUUCUAUUUGUUUCAAAUUGUUCAAUUUCUUGCCUGUGUUUUUUGUUCCGUAAAAAAAAAAGCUUCUCAAAAUUUAGGUAUACAACAUUUGAAAAAAAUGGUUAGAAAACUCUAAAUAACUGCAGUAUUGCAAAAUAAAAUACUACAUUUUAAUUAACUUUAGAUAAGGAAUGUACUAACAAAGGUACUUUAUAAACUGUCACUAAAUUGGUGUAUUAUAUAUGUUACUGUGAAUGACACAGAUCAAGAGAAUGUUUACUUACACCGUUAUAAGUCAACAAUCACUUAGUUGCUUUGGUUAAUGUCCGAAAUAUCAGUUAUAUCCGAUUUGAUAUUAAUUUAUUCGUGGAUAUUAUUAUAUUUAUUCGAUAUUUUAAUAUCUGGUGAGGAUAGAUUAGGAGAAACAUCAGUGUUCGGAGUACCGGUUAAAUGUGUACUGGGCAGUGGCACUUAACUUGACCUAGUAUAUAUUUCGGACAUUUACCAAAGCGACUAUGUGAUUGUCUACAUUCACCAGUGAAAGUCAAUGGCCACUAAUUUCAGUCAUUCACAGUAACAUAUAUAUAAUGACCAAUUUACAUAGUUGUCAUAAACUUUUAUGAACUGUUAGUGCCACUAACUUUGAAUGAACAACGGCUAAUGAAAAGCUCGAUUUUUCUGUUUCUCAGUAAUACUGCAAUAAUUUAUUUUUUUUUCAAGUUAAAAAUGUAGUUAAAUGAAUCUCUACACAAAUUACAACUGAGAUGGAAACAAUAGUUAACAAAUUACGAGCAAUUGAAGUUUGAAAAGUUAAAAGUUUUAGGCAUAACAUGUCUCCUACAUCUAGGACUAUAGUAACGAAAUUUUGAGAAACAUUCUGUGGUAGCAAAUGUAUUAUUUCUUGCAGUAUUUGUUGUAAAAUAAUUUCCCUUUUUUUUUUAAUGAAUUUUCUUAUCCACAUUAAAAAUGACUACAGCAAUUGUUUGUAUGCUUAUCUCAUUACAUUAAUGCAAAUGUAAUUUUAUCACAUAAUAAUUUAUAAUUUAAAAAAAAAUUCAUUGAUCAAAUUUUUAUCAUUUAUCACUCCUUUAGUUUACUUAUUACUGGAUAUAAGGGAAAAAAUUAUGCUACCAAACAUUUAUAAAAUUUCUUAAUAGUUUUAAUAAUAAUUUCUAAUUUAAUAGAGCCUUGCCCUUUUAUAUCAACUAUGAUAUAAUAAUUCAUUUUUACUAAUUGUUUUGGGUAUAAAAAAAAAGUGUUAUUUAAAUGAAGUAUCACAGCAACCAGUCGUUGGCCAAGGCUCCACCAUCUCUAGACCAACAGCAUAAUGGUG